UGACUGAUAUUGACCAAUCAGAGCCGUCUGUGUUCAAGAUGACAACAAGCCAUUGGAGCAACGGAAUGCUAACGGUCCGUCUGCCUUAAAGGAUGGAUUUAGAGUCAGUUAUCGAUUAUUUUACUGUUUCCAGACAUAAUUUAUUAGUUUAAUCUGGUUUAUUUCACCGGAACAGUUCUGGUUCCGAUUCCUCACAGUUUCCCUUCCAUAAUACCCUCCCUGAGCUGUUUACGUCCCACAUUAUUGCCAUUCCCAGCUGACAUUCCCAGCUCCUGUGAAGGUUACCAUGGAGGUUCUGGAAUGUUAGGACCAUGUUUAAGAAUGUGUUCGGUUCGGGUUUCCUGGUGAGGACAGCUCAUGUGGUUCUGACCUGGAUCAUCACGCUGAUUCUGUUCCUGUAUGAUACAGAGCUCAGGAAGCAGGAGGAAACGGGCCAGCUUCUGCAGCCGGUUCUGUUCGUCCUGCUGGUUCUGUUGUCGGUGCUGCUGUACUUCGCAGUGUCCCUCAUGGAUCCUGGAUUCAUCUUGGCUGAAGACAGCGACCUGCAGUUCACUCUGGGAGUAACUGAGGAGCAGCAGGAUAUGAUCCCACCCAGCACCAAAUCCCUGCGCCAGCGCCGCUGCGGCCACUGCCUGCUGCAGCAGCCAAUGAGGUCGAAGCACUGCCAGACGUGUCAGCACUGCGUCCGUCGCUAUGACCACCACUGCCCCUGGAUCGAGAACUGCGUGGGGGAGCGGAACCACCGCUGGUUCGUCCUGUACCUGGCCGUGCAGCUGCUGGUGCUGCUGUGGGGUCUGCACAUCGCCUGGACGGGCUUCAGCCACGCCCCCUCCUGGUCGCCGUGGCUACGCUCCAACGGCGUGCUCCUGGCGGUCUGCCCGCUCCUGGCUCUGCUGGCGCUCAUCGUGCUGCUGCUGCUGGGCUCCCACCUUUACCUGAUCUCCAUGAACAUCACCACCUGGGAGUUCAUGUCGCGCCACCGCAUCUCCUACCUCAAACACUGCGGCGCCGACGAGAACCCGUUCGACCGCGGAGCCGCACGAAACCUGUGGGGCUUCUUCUGCGAGUGGGGCAGCGUGGCGUGGGAGCAGGUCUACUUCAGGGAGGGAAGCGACCCGGUUUAGUUCCGACCUGCUCCUGGUGACGGAUCAUCAGCACCGGUUAAAAGCUCCGUGUUUCUGCUCUGUCAGUCAGACUGGAUCAGAUGUUGAGGCAGAAACUAAAAUCAGGUCUUUCUAAAGUCCGAGUGUCGGUCUAGUUUCAGCUGUUUGGAACAGAACAGAACUCAUGCUGACUUGCAAUAGUUGAACCAGCUCCGUCUGCCGACCCAGAUUUAUCAUUCCGGUUCCUUUGUCCCCAACAAUCCAGGACCUACAGCUCCUGCAGUCUGGUCCAUUUUCUCAGGAUCCUCCCCAACAGGAGAUAAACUGGAAAUAAGGUUUAUUCCCAUCCAAUCAUACAAACUGAGAAACAGGAAGUCAGCAUCAAAUGCAGAGUCCUUCCAUUUGCACUAAGUAAUCUGGGAACACCUGAGUUUCAAAGACUGGAUUAAUUUACAUUUUCCUGAUAAAUGAAACUACGGAAGAUGAUUAGGGCCACUGAAAAAAAAAAAGUUAACUGAUUUUUAAAUUUUAUUUC